GUGGCCCGGGCAGAGUCGUCGCAGCCGAGUGUGGUCGGCUGCGUUUUGAAAAUGUUGCUGGACCUGUCGGAGGAGCAUAAGGAGCAUCUGGCCUUCCUGCCUCAAGUGGACUGCGCGGUGGUCGCGGAGUUCGGGCGGAUCGCGGUGGAGUUCCUGAGACGAGGCUCCAACCCUAAGAUUUACGAAGGCGCCGCCAGAAAACUCAAUGUGAGUAGUGACACUGUCCAGCAUGGUGUGGAAGGACUGACAUACCUCCUUACUGAAAGCUCAAAGCUCAUGAUUUCUGAACUGGAUUUCCAAGACUCUGUUUUUGUGCUGGGAUUCUCUGAAGAAUUGAACAAAUUGUUGCUUCAGCUCUAUCUGGACAACAGAAAGGAGAUCCGAACUAUUCUGAGUGAAUUGGUACGAGACCUUCCCAAUUACCAAAACCUUGAAUGGCGACUAGAUGUACAGCUUGCAAGCAGAAGUCUCAGGCAACAGAUUAAACCAUCAGUGACUAUAAAGCUGCACCUUCAUCAGAAUGAUGACCACAGCACCAGAGUCUUGAAGACGGACCCAGCCACCCUGCUCCAUUUGGUUCAGCAACUGGAACAAGCAUUGGAAGAGAUGAAAACGAACCAUUGCAGGAGAGUUGUCCGCAGCAUCAAGUAGACCCAUUUGAAGACUUUACUCCUUUGGAAAAAGUGUGCUUCAGAAGCACUCAGCACUUACUUUGCAGAAUUUGUAUUAAUUAAUGAAAACACACAACUUUCAUGAAAUUUAUUUUACUGUGAGAAGAUUCUGAGGUCAUAACAAAAAGCUGAUGUAAAUUUCCCUUCCAUGUGUAAAUGUGGCCAGAUCCUUGAUAAAUUAAGAUGUAUUUUCAAUUUUAAAUAUGUAAAUGUGAUUGAGUGAACUGGGAAUGAACCUGUUCUGUUUAUAUUUACCUAUUGGUGAAUAUCCUGUUUUUUGCUAUUUCUUUUGACUGCUUAACUUCAUUAUUUAUCUCCUUAUUGAACAAAAUAAACUUUUUUUGUCAUGCUAAUUGACUUAAAUUAUACUCCAAGUUGUAUGAUUAUAUGUUGUAUUUUAUCAAGGAUUACUUUUUCC